AUGUCGGCGGGGAAAUGCAGACACUCAAUCGACGUGUCAGACCAAGUCCUCACGAUUAGCUGGAUGGGCAGGCGCACUUGGGUUCACUUCAACGCAGUUUCCUCCACGACAAAACCACUCAAGUUGAUAUCGCGUCCACCAGAGUUGGUCACCAGCCUUGUUGUUCAUCGCCUCAUCAAACCACUCCAACCCGCAUUCGGCUGUGCCAUCAUUGCAUCGACGUUCAACGUCUGUGCCAUCAAGCAGGCAUGCUUCUCGUCAUUCCACUACUACUCAAUCCGUGAUCGAUACACCAUUCAACCAAUCGGAAGAGAGAACACGUGUGUGACUCUACAACAACGUGGCCACCCCCUCCCCAUGUCCCGUUUUCUCUCUUCGUUUUUCAAUGAAGAACCAACUCAACACCCACGAUGCUGCCCUUGUGAUAUCUUCAAUAUCAUCCACAUCUGCCUCCAUCGCGCCACAAAUUGUGUCAAAGCAUCCACUGCUGUAGAUGCCAGAAACAUUUAG